GCUUCUACCUUAAGCAAUCUCUCUCUCUCUCUCUCUCUCUCUCUCUCUCUCUCUAUGUAGACAUCACUCUGAGAUUUGUGUAGCUUGCUCCCUCUCUACAUAUACGCACGCAUACAUACAUAAGUACUUACGUGUAGCUUAGUCACGUAAUCCCAGGACUUCUCGCUCUCAAUUCCCACGCUCGUUUUCUUAAUUCUCGCUCUAUGCUUGCAUUGUUAAUUUUCGCUUGCGAAUUUUUAGUGUUUGAGAUUUUUCCGCUCAUGCUUGUACGCAUUACGUGACUUAGAUCUGUAGCAGUAUAUACACAUCCGCUGUGUGUCUCUGAAUUUCUGAUUCGAGAAAAUUUUCAUACUGAUAGUUGUCUCUCACUCCUGAAACUGUUCCCCUCGCUAUACAUACGCCUAGACAGAGUCAUGCAUAUAUACGGAUCCCCUUUUUAGCUUCAAUGGAGCUUUGAGUUCAUCGGUGGGUGUGUGUACAUAUCCUAUACAUACAGAAAUGUCGGGAUUUACAAGUUCGAAAUCGUGGGGAGAAGAGCUCAUGAGCCUGGUAGAGGACACAGGAUUGAGAUACAAUGCCGACACAGUUGGGGUUCCGACCCCGGCUUUCGAAACCGAAAUGCCGGGAUUCCGUAUCGGUGAGGCGGUGGAGGGGGAAUUGGGUGAAUCGGAGAGCUUUAAAGAUCACGUGAAAGGGUUUGCGAAAGCUUGGGGAGAAAUGGUUUUUGAAUUGGGGAAAGGGUGUAAGGACAUAGUGGUACAGAACUAUUUGACUGAGGAUUCGUAUGCCGUGCGAAAACUGAGAGGACCGGUGGCUAAGGUUUCGGGUAGAUUAAGGUAUUUGAACGAGUAUCUGCCAGAGGAUCGUGACCCGUUUCACGCGUGGUCGGUUAUAAUUCUCGUCUUCUUCCUGGCCUUUGCAGUGCUGAAUGUAAAUAAUGGACAUGAUAGCUCGGUUCCCAGGGCAAAGAAAGUGUACAUACAUCCUCCAAGCGCUACACGCAUACUACUUCCAGAUGGUAGACACAUGGCUUAUCGUGAGCAAGGUGUUCCACGAGACAGAGCUAGAUAUUCCUUGAUUGCACCACACGGAUUUCUAUCUUCCAGGCUUGCAGGUAUACCGGGAGUCAAAGAGUCACUGCUUGAGGAGUUUGGUGUCCGUUUGAUAACUUAUGAUCUUCCUGGUUUUGGGGAGAGCGACCCUCAUCCAAAGAGGAACCUCAACACAUCGGCUUUGGACAUGGUGGACUUGGCAAAUGCUGCCGGGGUAAAUGACAAAUUCUGGGUGUUGGGGUUUUCAAGUGGAGCCAUGCAUGCUUGGGCUGCGCUCAAGUACAUCCCCAGUCGCAUUGCAGGUGCAGCCAUGUUUGCUCCUAUGGUUAAUCCAUAUGAAUCAAGCAUGACUAAGGAAGAGAUGUCUGGAACGUGGGAGAUGUGGGUGCAAAGGAGGAAACUGAUGUACAAUUUAGCUAGAAGAUUCCCUACAUUACUCGGUUACUUCUACAGCCAAACUUUCUUAUCAGGAAAGCAUGGUCAGAUUGAUAAGUGGUUGUCUUUGUCACUGGGAAAUAAGGAUAAAGCUCUCACUGAAAAAACAGAAUUUCAAGAAUUUUGGCAUAGAGAUGUUGAGGAGUCGAUCCGCCACUUAAGUACACAACCAUUCAUAGAGGAAGCUGUGCUGCUGGUAUCAAGUUGGGGUUUCAAACUGGCAGAUCUUCAAGUGCAGAAGAAAUGCCCUGGAAAAGGCAUUUUUCCUUGGCUCAAAUUCAUGUAUAGCCAGGCAGAGUGUGAGUUGACUGGAUUUCUUGGUCCAGUUCACAUAUGGCAGGGAAUGGAUGACCUGGUAGUCCCGUCAUCAAUGAUCGACUAUGUGGCUAGGGUUUUACCCAGUGCGAUCGUGCAUAGAUUCCCAGAUGAGGGCCACUUCUCCUAUUUCUUUUUCUGUGACGAAUGCCACAGACAAAUACUCUCUACUCUAUUUCGAAGCCCACAAGGUCCACUUGCAAGCACAAACCAACCUCAAUCCGAAGUUGAUGAACAUACUGUUUCUGCCAGGAAAUAACACAGAUAAUCUUUUUCCCUACUUUCUUGAGUGAGAACGUAAAUACAACAGGUUUUUGCUCCUUUUCUCAGUGGAGCAUGAGAGGCUAGAUAAAUUGUUGUUUCCUUAAUAGUUCUGUGGAAUUGAGAAGCAAGAAGGCAGUGACCUUAAUGCUUUUUUUUUUUUCUUUUUUUCUCUAUUUUCUUGUUACGCACCGGAGAAUCGUAGUUUCUCUUCACGGCUAGUGCAAUUUAGAAUUUUCGCUGUUGGAUAAGAACUUUGUGACACUGAAUGGAAAAUCUGAUAGUGUUAUACUGCUGAGAAAUGAGAAAGAAACUUAACUUUUUGUUCA